UCUCCACCUAAGACAAGAGGUGGGGAGACAUUGGUCACAGCUGUCGCAUCCCACAGCUCCUCAGACCCUGGCCUUCCCCAGGACAUCAUCCCAGAGGGAGCCUGAAACUUGCAAGCAGCCAACAUGGUGUGUGGUGGAUUCACCUGCUCCAAGAACUCCUUAUGUGUCCUCAACCUGCUGUAUAUUAUGGUCAGCCUCCUGCUGAUCGGCAUCGCCGCCUGGGGCAUCGGAUUCGGUCUCAUCUCCAGCCUGCGAGUGGUCGGAGUCGCCGUCGCGGUCGGGAUCCUCCUGUUCAUCAUUGCCCUCGUAGGGUUAAUUGGAGCCAUUAAACAUCACCAGGUGUUACUGUUCUUUUACAUGAUCAUCCUCUUCUUGGUGUUUGUCGUCCAGUUUUCCGUGUCUUGCGCUUCUCUGGCAUUAAACCACGAGCAGCAGAACCAGCUCCUGGAGAUUGGGUGGAACCACACAGCGACCGCGAGGUCCGAAAUCGAGAAAAACUUAAACUGCUGCGGAUUUCACUACUUUUCUGUGGACGAGCUUUGUGACGCGGCUUGUUAUCCGUCCCAUAACUGCACAACAUGCGGCUCCAUCAUCGAGAAGCACGCGGAGGAUGUGCUGAAAGUGGUGGGAGGGAUCGGCUUCUUCUUCAGCUUUACCGAGAUCCUUGGCGUUUGGUUGACUUACAGAUACAGAAACCAGAAAGAUCCGCGGGCCAACCCCAGCGCGUUUCUUUGAUUGAACUCCCUUGAAGACUUUCUUUCUUGUCACCCCGACUUUAUAGCUCCUCUGAUUGCUGUGGUUGAUUUUGUUUGAAGGACUCAACGUCAACCUUUUUUUCAUUUUUUAUUUUUUAUUUUUUCUAUCCCCUCGCCCUCUACCACGAUUUUCAAGUCGAAAAUUUAGAAGAAGAAAUAAAACUUAAAGCAAAAACUCCAAUAAAGCCUGGGUAUCCAUGGAAACACAUCAAAAAGAAAACAAAAACUUCCAAAAACUGCAGUAGAUUUUAAAUACCAUAUGCAGUUUAUAUAGUUAUAUCUGUUUAAUUGAAGAUCACCCCCCCCCCCCUAUUUGCUUGCGGAAUCGGUUGGUUGAUGGGGGAGGGGUUGUUGUUGCCACACCUUUUUGAAUUUUUGCUAUUCAGGGGCGGGGUUCUCAUUUUCUUCAACUUUCUAAGCUCUUGGUAGAAAUAUUUCUUGAUGGUAACUUACAUUUCGAAGUAAAGGAUCCUGCAAGUACUUGUGAUGGAGCCAGCACCGUAGAGGGUUCUGAAUUGUGUUAUUUAGGUGUUGUGGCCCUAAAUCCACAGCAAUAACCGCACACGCACAGAGUAACAUUACCUGUACAGAUUCCAUUUUAUUACUCUUAUUCUAAGCACUCCGUGAUAAGUGUAUUCUAGUAAGUGUCUGAGUGCCGGCUGCCUAGAAAACCGUAGACUUCCUGUCUGGGUGACCACGUGUCCACUGGUGGUCACAGGAGAUUGUUUUUCAUCCCUCCCAGGGACACCACUUUAGAGACUGUAGUCUCUAACAAAGCAUAAGAUUGGAUAGGCAGUUGGAUCAUUUCAGUGGCUCCUGUUUGUAAAUAUGGAAAGAAAAUUAACUAAGAAAACUUGGUAAAUUUGGCCACAAAUUUUUUUUAAUUUUUUUUAUUUAUUUUUGGAGAGAUACUGGAAGAGGAUCUCACUCACAGGAUAUCUGAGGACAGUUGACCAACAGCAUCAUCACUGGAUUUUAUGGGACAUUUUUGUUUUUGCUACUAAGUAAUUGUGCUCAUGAUAUUUUUGCUUAGAAAAUUUGCAUAAGAAAAAUUGACACAAUUUCAACUGACACAAGGGGUUAUGGCUCAUGGGUUCUGACUCCCAGGUUUGUGGGACCACUGGGUUUGUAUAUGUAUCCACCCCAGCUUAAAUGGAUACACUGUGUUAUACCUUAAAGGGGUGGAGCUUAUAAAGUAAGUGAAAAUCGGCCAUGUUCCGCCCCUUAGGAGUGUACGAAAGCUGAAAAGUGUUUUUAUACUACAGCCCCGCCCAUGAGGAUCAUUUCUAAACCUAAUAUCUCUAAAUAGGCAACUGGUGAGUCUCCAACCCCCCCCCCC